AUGUACAGAGACAGGACCCAGGCGCAAGCUACCCAGUCCUUAAUCAUAUCCAUAUUUGCUCUCUUCAGCACCACGCUGCUCGAUUUACCGGAAGUAAAGCCGUGGACCAACAGCUUCGAGGGAGUGUCCCUGACUCGCCGAUCAGCUCGGCACAAAUUCUCCACCGAGGGGCGUGACUACACCCCCGUUUGGGCACGCCAAGACUUACCGCAGAGUGCCACGAUCAUCUCCCUACUCUUCUUUAUCAUGGCUACAGUCUCGAGCAGCAUCGUCUCCGGGGCCUUGGUCAAUACACAUCACUUGUUCCUGUACAAUCCGAACCUCUGGCUCAACGUUUUCUACACCCUCCUUACGCUUUUCAUCAUCAUUCUACUGUGGCUGUAUCCACAUCUCAUCCAAAUCGUCACAUUGGGCUGCAGCACGAUCAGUAUACUAGGUUUAUACGGUUGCUCCAUGCUUGGCGGCGAGAGCUUUCUUUGGCUGGCCACGGCAUCUGCGCAGUUACUUGUAUUACCCCUCUUGUGGAUCUGGAUCGUUCACCACACGACCUCGUGGAAGGGCUUCAUGACCUACCUUAUACUGUCGCUCGCCGCAUGGGGCAGCGGGAAGCUAACCAUCGAACGUAUCGGCGAUCUUAACAAACGGCAGGUAAUGGUCUUUGCCGUGUUACAGCCCUGUCUGCUGGUCUUUGUGUGGGUGCUGGAGGUCGUUCGAGAGCGGCGAGUCGCCCGAGCAGCACAGCGGACGCUGGUUCGAGCAGAGUACCAGGACAACGCGGCAGAAGCUGCUUGGGAAACCAACGAGGGUGUGGCGAAUACUGAUGCCAACCAGGGGUUUGAGGAAUUGAAAGCGAAGAAGUGGGCGAUAAUUUGCUGGUUCAGUCUUUUCCUGAUACCGCAGGUGUUGGUGGCACUCUUUGUGCCGGCUUUAUUAGAUGGC